GCCAUCCAUCGGAAGCAACAGUAAACCAUUCAACAUCACAACUCUGAACUCUAAAAUGCAUCCCGUAUUCUUUAUCCUCAUCUUAGCUGGUACAUGCCUGGCUCAUUAUAGAGGAUACGAAUCCAGAAACCUUAUAGAAAGAGAUGAAGCACAUGCCGAAAUGGAAGGAAUCGUUGAGUGCCCCGUCUGCGAAAAUUCCCACAGCUGGUUGCUUCCACAAGAAGAAUGUGACAUUGUAAAAGGCAACAAGCGGUUCAAAAAAUGUCACAUGGGCACUUAUUUAAACGAGAAAUGCGGAAAUCGUUUGGAUUGCUAUCGGGGUCCGGGAGAAUCGUGCACUGAAAAAAUGGAAUAUGAUAUCUACGGGCAGAAGUGUGCCCGCGGGUACUACUGCAACAGUGCCCUACACGUGUGCACCGGCCUUCGCUACACUGUAGAUCCACUUUCGCAUUUGAUACUUUCAAAUCGUCUCUAUCGAUAUCCUCUUCAUUCCCAAAAUGACGACUUAAUUGAUAAAUCUGCAUUUUUUGUCGCUUAAAUCAUGUUCUAAUUAUUUGAAUGCAAAUAUUACCCUCAGCUAUACUAAUUACUAAUAAACUAAUACACAAUUA